UCCAAUCGCCUGAGAGAUUUGUUCAUAUUAACAAGCGGGAUUGUUUGUUUUGUUUUGUUUUCGAUUUCGAAAGAGAAUUAAAGAUGAAUGACGCAGAUGUAUCCAAACAGAUACAACAGAUGGUUGCAUUCAUUCGGCAAGAAGCCGAAGAGAAAGCCAACGAGAUCUCUGUCUCCUCUGAAGAGGAAUUCAACAUUGAGAAAAUGCAAAUAGUUGACACCGAGAAAAAGAAAAUCAGACAGGACUACGAACGCAAGACAAAACAAGUGGAGGUUAAAAAGAAAAUUGAAUACUCAAUGCAGUUGAAUGCAUCCCGAAUCAAAUUUCUUCAAGCACAAGAUGAUUUGGUAACUGGGAUGAAAAAUGCUGCUGCCAAGGAGCUUCUUAAUGUUUCUCAUAACAAAAAAACAUACAAAAAGCUUAUCCAAAGCUUGAUUGUUCAGAGUCUACUAAGGCUGAGUGAGCCAGCAGUGUUGUUGAGGUGUAGGGAGGUGGAUCUUUCGCUUGUUGAGUCGACUUUAGAGGAUGCCAAAAAAGAGUAUGCCUCCAAAGCAAAAGUUCAGGCUCCAAGAAUUGACCUCGACAAAACUGUAUAUCUCCCACCACCUCCAAAUAGUUCAGACCCUCAUCGUCCUUCCUGCUGUGGAGGCGUUGUGUUAGCUUCAAUAGAUGGGAAGAUUGUUUUCGAGAACACCCUUGAUGCGCGACUAGAUCUUACUUUCAGGAAGAAGCUUCCUGAGAUUCGCAAGACCCUUUUCAAGGAAUAAGCGCGCGCAGGGCUUGAAUAUUUGGUCAUAUUUGAGGUGCAAAUAAUAUUCAAUGCAUGAGCGAGAAAGUGAUAAAUAAGCAACUUAGUGAGUUUCAUAAGAG